GUAUGUCUAAAUGUCCGACUCUUGAAUUUUUAAUUAACAAUGCGCUUUUACGAAAAUUAAAGAGAGUGACUGUUAUUAUACUGUGGUUUCCAAGAUUCUACGGAAUGAUAUCUGAGAUCAUGAAAAUCUUGUGUAAAAGGUCACAGUCACCCAGAAGAUGUCCGGAGCUAUCUAUUCUACAGUCACCCAGAAGAUGUCCGGAGUUAUCUAUUCUACAGUCACCCAGAAGACGUCCGGAGCUAUAUAUUCUUUCUUUGGUGGCACUUGUCUUUAUUUUCAUGCUGUUCACAAACUAUAAAGAUGGUAACAGAACAGUGCUCCUGUCCACUAAAAUGACCACGAAAUAUACACCGUCCUUCCAGCCACUGGAACCAUUACCAACAGUACCAUUUAUCACAAUACCCAAGGAUCCUCCAUUGAACAGGAAGCCUCCCAUUUUACUGCUGACAUACAUGCGCAGUGGUUCAACAUUUACAGCUGACGUCAUACAGCAGUCGCCAGAUGUGUUUUAUAUAUAUGAACCACUCAAGGCGUUCACAGACCAGUAUUAUUAUACUCAGUCAAAAUUGUGUUCUUUUACAGAUAGAGGAUGUAGAUUACCGAAAACGAAAUUUGAAGAUGCAAGCUACGUGGUGCGAAAUAUCUUGAACUUAUUUUUAUGCGACUUUCAACACGUUGAUAGAAACGUUCUACACAUCAUGACGUCACGAAAAAUGAGUACUACUCAAGCACGCUUCGCUGACUGCUUACACGGUUAUAAUACAACUAAAAUCGUCGAAGUGUGUACAAAGAAAAUGCAGGAUAUAUGCAUUAGCAAAAAUGUGUUUAUAAAAACUAUACGGCUUACGAUGGAAGUUGUUGAACUUCUCCUUGACCUAAUUCCAGAUCUGAAGGUCAUACACUUAAUUCGUGAUCCUCGUGGAGUUAUGUUCUCACGCCACCGAGGUCGUGUUGUCAACGAUACUAAUUUCAAAACCAGUGCCAAGUCAACUUGUAGUAGAAUAUUAAUGGAUAUCAUGCGGAGUUAUCAGCUGAAGUUGAAAUAUCCUCACAGAAUAAAAACACAAUUGUAUGAAUAUCUGGCAGAAAAUCCCCUGGAGUCUCUGUACGAUCUACACAAUUUUACAAACACAACGGUUGUGUCUUCUAUGAAGGAAUAUAUUUACAACCAUACCAUGACAGGUGAACAUUAUAGAGGAUAUUACAGUACAACCCGCGGGAACUCGACCAUGACGUCCAUAACAUGGCGCAUGCGCAUGAAGUGGAAGGAUGUGCGAGUGGUAGACAAGGAGUGUCAAGAGCUGUACGAACACGUGGGAUUUAUUCCAUUUUCUGACAAAUCCCAGCUGACUAAUUUAUCUUUUAAAACCAGAGAGAAAGAGAGUCCAUUGUUUGAAAAGUUUUAAUAUCAUUUGUUCAUUAAAUCAUUGUAUUUUUA